UUACUUUCUUUAACUUUUGAAUUUGUUGGAGCAGCUCCCGUCGCUGGAGAGAGGAAGAGGAAGAGGAAAGUCAGGAAAGAGAGGUUACGCAGGAACAAAAUGGAUGGACACGAUUCAGAAGAUCCUAAGCAAAGCACUGCAGAUAUGACAGUUUUUGUGCAAAACCUUCUUCGACAGAUGCAAUCCAGAUUCCAGACAAUGUCUGAUUCCAUUGUCUCAAAGAUCGAUGAGAUGGGUCACCGAAUAGAUGAGCUGGAGCAAAGCAUCAACGACCUAAGAAACGAGAUGGGUACUGAGGGCUCUCCUUCCCCUGUUGCUCCUCCUAAGCCAAAUCCGGAAGAGGCCAAGUCAUCAGAUGUCCCUGCGUGAUACACUGAUACUUGGAUCGUACUAUGUGAAAUUUGAAGGACUGAGUCCACCCACCCAAUGCAUUGUUUGUUUGUGUUCACAGGAUUCUUUGAAAAUUCAGUACUGCUUUAAAGUUUAAGCCACACAUGUAUGUGCCAAAUUUUCUGGAGAAUCCACUCCCAACACUUGAAUAAUAUCUGUUUGUCAAAAUUUUGCAGAGACAAAAACUGAGAUUUGGAAUU